AGGCAGAGAGGAUAACAACUGUGAUCUGUUGGCCUGUGCGAAGCUCCUCGUGCCUUUCAUCGUUAGCCAGCAGCAUAUUAACAAAGUAAGUUAAAGGAAAGGAGGGAAGCUUUGAUGGACACAAACGUAUACAAUGUACAACAGUAGAAAGAACAUGGAGAUAUUAUCACAUAUCAUCAGCAAAAGUUUUCAUUUUGUGCAUCCCAAUCGGUGGCUCAGUGAUGCGAUUUCUGGCUUUUAACCUUUUCCACCUACUCGCAUUUUUAACUGCUCAGAAGUGGAGGAGUUGACUGGCAUUGCCAGGCAUUAGAGUUAUGAGGGCUGAUAAAUCCACGUGAUUCAGUCAAAAAGCAUCAGAGCUAUUAUCAAACACACGGUUCACUAGAUGUUACAGGGUAUGUUGUAUUGUCGUUAGAUUACUUGUAUUUAAAGGGUACCUUCGGUAUUUUUAAAGCUGGACUGUAUUUUCCCUUUUUUGAGUCUAAGUGACUGAUGGGAAGAUCAGUUUUUUUUAUUUGUCCAGUAUUGAGCAAGACUGAAACAAACUGCAAUGUAACCACUCGGGGCAUUUGAGCACAAUCACUUUACGUCCAUUAAAAGUUUUUGUUUUUGUCACUGUCAGGCUCAGACAGUUUUUAUAAGUGUCUGACAACAUUAUGGAGAUAUCCCUACAGAGAUAGACCUUUUUAUUAAAGUGUAACAUCAUUUUUGUUUAAACAGAAACAGCCCUGAUAUCGAAAUCGGCACACCCACCAGACUCCAUUUAAAUAAACAGUAAUUUAAGUGUGUAUAGAGGCAGCUUAUUUUCACAUCUAACUGUGUGAAUUAAGGGUUUAUUUUGACCAAACUAGAGUUGAUGAUUGUUGGAUCAGGGGAACGAAGAACCAGGACAGUCUUUGUGAGUUUUAUUUUGUUUCUGUCAAGUUUCAAUGAAGUGAGUUUUGAUGAUAAAACAACUGUUUAUUUAAAUGGAGUCUGGUGGGUUUGGCGAUAGUGAUUUUGGGGCUGUCUCUGGUUAAACAAAAAGGCUCUAACUCUUUAAAGGGUUACUAAAAUGAACUGUGGAAAACUGAUGUCUGUACAACCAGUCCCUGGAUCUCCCUGCUCCCCUAGGACUAUCAUACAGUUUGUAGACAAGCAUCAAGUAGUAAUAAAUCAAUAAAAGAUAAAAAUGGUUGCAUUUGUCUCACUUUUUUUUUUAAACCCAUUUGAUGCGAGAAUCAGUUGGCCCCCAGGCAUUUUCACAUUAUUUUAUCUGGCCCCCAUUCAAAAAAGUUUGGACACCCCUGCACUACAUAGUACAGGAAAAUGUAGUGUACUACUGGUGCACUAAAAAUGGUCCAAAAGUUGAGUGUGGAAUGAUGGACACUUUUUACCCUCAACGGUCGCUGUCACAAAAUUCUCAACUUGUGACAUGGCAGCCAGGGACAACAAGAAGCCUGUUAGCUAUACAUGUUUUUUGCCCUAAUAACUGUUGUCCAAUAGAAGCCACGUAGACAACAUUUGUUGGGUCUGUAAUGAUUUGGUACCGCGAACAACAAAGCGAGUGCUAAUGUUAGCUUGAUAGUGCUGACGUUAGCUUGAUAGCUAGCUAGCUAACUUGCUCCAAGCUAUGGCAGCACAUUUUAAGUUUUAAUUUUAAGUUUGGUUUAUGUGUGGGCGGAGAUAGCGGUCAAAUGUUGGCCAUAAUGCUCCACCGUCCAUUUGCAAUUUGCUGUUUAAAAAGAAGACGAAGAAGAGGCGGUCACGGUCAAGCGUCACCUGCAAAACGGCAAUGCGACGGCAGGUUUUUGAGACACCACGCAAAAAAAGCAGACGUCAGUCUCAGUGCUGGGGAUGAAGCGGAGUAACAUCGUAACCAUCGCAAUGAGCAGCCUGCCCCCUCCCCGCCUCCUCCCUCCUGCUAUCUACAGCAUGGACAGCAGUGUGUUGGACAGAGAGGACAUUCAGCGACUUCAAUCACUCAUGCCAACAGAGGAGGAACUGUGUCUGAUCAAGGAGGCCAAGGCCCAGAACCCUCACUCCACUCUGGCCCUAGCUGAGCUCUGCCUGCUCACCUUGGGGGAAAUCCCACAUCUGAACACGAGGCUCCAACUGUGGGCCUUCGCUCUGGACUACGACUCCUUAGAGAGGGAAAUUGCUGAGCCUCUCUUCCAUCUGAAGUUGGCCAUGGAACAGCUCGCAGCCAGCCAGACCUUUAGAUGUAUUCUAGCAACGGUGUUAGCGAUUGGUAACUUUCUCAACGGAUGUAAGGCCCGUGGUUUCGAGCUGAGUUACCUGGGGAAGCUGUCCUACGUGAGGGAUACACACAGUCGCCAGCCCCUGCUGCACCACGUCUGUGUGCUGCUGCUGCAGCUCUACCCACAAUCGUCUGACCUCUACUCUGACAUCACUGCUGUAACUAAAGCUGGCAAGUUCGACUACUCCCUAGUCCAGUCCAACCUCACUCAGCUGGAGGCCCUGUGCAAAGCAUCAUGGGAGCAGCUAAAAAUUUUGGACAAGGCAGACGACAAGAAGAAAGGAGGAAAGUUGGAGAAGAGGAGAGGAGGAGGAAAUGAGGCUUUGGCCCCAGAGGGCUCAAUUCGUCACCGGCUGCCGCAGAUUUUAAAAGAGUGCGAGGAGAAGCUGAAGGUCCUGAGAGCCGUUCAUCGUCGGGUUAUCAACAGGUUCCACUCUUUCCUCUUAUUCCUAGGCUACUCCCGAGCCAUGGUGAGAGACACCAAAGCGGAGGACUUCUGUAAAACCAUCAGUAACUUUUCUCUGGAGUACAGGACCACGCGGCAGGUCAUUCUCAUGCAGAGAGAGAGGGAAAAGCAGAGAAGUGGAACAGAAAGCCCCGGCCCGAACACUCCUGCUGCCAGGAGGAAACGCCAGCAAACCCCAACACAGGAAAAUGAGGAGCAGUGUAGGCUGGAGGAAGUGCUGUCAACACCUGACUCAACCUCGAGACUGGACGUCACUCUGCCUCGAAACCGCAGGAGGAUGACUGAUAUCAAAGGUCCAUUCUCACGGAAAAUGAAGUGGUGACCCUGCUGAUAUUCUCUUUUUAAAAGCCAUUCAGUCGCUGGUGUGUGAGAAAAAUGUUUCUGAUCGUUAUUUAUGACAUUUUUGUUAAAAGUCACAUUUUUGCAGCACAAUGUUGUUUAGCAGUAGGAAAACGGAGAGAGAUUUCACGUGCCAUUUAAUUGUUACCAAUCCUGUUUGAGUUUUAAAGUUAAGAUGCAUUAAAAUGGUAAAAAAUAUCAAAGCACGAAUGCAUUUGUGUCUGUGUGCUCUCAUGAAACAACAAAAUGAACAAUAAAACAACAGAAUAAAAUGUGUAAAAUCU